CUCUCAUCCAUCCCGGUCCUUUUUCUCCUCUUCUUCCCCUCUUCCUCCUAACUCAACCUCUUGUCGCCAUCUCCGCUCUCCCUGCAUCCUUCCUUCGCUCCAUUGUUCCCUGCACUCUCCACCCCGGAACUUGAACCUUCUCCAGGUCGCGAUAGGUUCCUUACCCACUGCCCGUCGUUCCAGAUUACUUCAACAGACAGGGGGGAAAUUCAAAAAUCAAACUAAAAAAACGAUCGCGAAUCACAAAAGGUGAUAAACAAGAAAAACAGAAAGAAAAAAAAAUUUUAUCACAAUAAUAAAUUACCCAAGAUCAAAAGAACUCGACAGUAGAAGAAAAGACAAAAGGCUGAAAAAGAACGAGGAAAAGAAGUCAACCAACCACCACUCCUUCAAUUUCGCUUCCUUGUAUUAUUUUUCCUCUUCUUUCCACCAUCUACCUGUGUGCUGCACCUCAUUUCUUCGGCAUUCUCAUCUCUUCGACGACUUCUGACAUCUGUCACUUUUCCUACUUAUAAAUCAUUGUUUUUUUUUUUAUCCAUCCAUUGAUUUUCUUUUUUGACCCUUUUGUUAUUUUACCCUGUUGGAACGUGUCGUGACGCUACCCAAAUUGCGCCCCCUCCCUCUCACUCUCUCUCCCCCCCGCAAUCCUUUUAAUAAACGAUCGCUCUCGUCUCCUCCCCGAUUUCGACUUCUCUGGAUGGAUACCUUUUGGCCAUGAGCACAACAGGCGACGUUACCAACGAUUUUACAACUUCACGACCCAGCCCGGCUCCGAGUACUGCGGGCUCGACCGGAACUUCAGGAAUUACCGUGCGCACCGGUUCCAACGGCCAGAUGAGUUUUCGAAGACAGCGUGCGUCGCGUGCGUGUGAGACUUGCCAUGCACGCAAGGUUCGUUGCGACGCUGCCAGUUUGGGUGUUCCGUGCACCAACUGUGUAGCCUUCUCCAUCGAAUGUAAAAUCCCCACGCCGAAACGCAAGAAAAACCAGAACAAGUCCAAGGAAACACCGGGCAGCGGAAGUGACGAGCGCAGCGAUAAACCUCCGAGUCAACGGGAACUGUCUGAGGCCCCCCCGGGUGCCAAGGAUGCUUUUGGUUAUCCCAACAAUCAAAUGGCCGUCGACGGGAUUCCCUCUACCACCCCCCUCCCCGAAGCGCAGGCCGCCCCGGAGGAUCCCAAGAAUUCCACUUACGCCCAGUUCAUGAAGCCCAAGUUUGCCCGUGCCCCGAUCAAGGAGGCCGGGCGGGUCGCGUAUCUCGGCGAGUCGUCCAAUCUGUCCCUGCUAGUGCAGGACCGCCAUGGCACCACCGACGUCGUCCACUAUCCGCUGCCGCCCAACAUUCGCGGGUCCCGCGCUCGGUUGACCGACUUGGAUAACCUGGAGCUGGACAUCCUCCACCAACGGGGCGCCUUCUUGCUCCCGCCCAAGCCCCUGUGCGAUGAACUGGUGGAUGCCUACUUCAAGUGGGUGGCGCCCGUCGUACCCAUCAUCAAUCGCAGCCGCUUUAUGCGCCACUACCGGGACCCCAGGAAUCCGCCGUCCCUGCUGCUCCUCCAAGCCAUUCUCCUGGCCGGAUCCAGGGUCUGCACCAACCCCCAGCUCAUGGAUGCCAACGGCUCGACGACCCCCGCCGCCAUGACCUUCUACAAGCGGGCCAAGGCGUUGUAUGAUGCCAACUACGAAGAUGACCGUGUCACGAUCGUGCAAGCAUUGGUUCUCCUGGGCUGGUACUGGGAAGGGCCUGAAGACGUGACCAAGAACGUAUUCUACUGGACUCGGGUGGCCAUGGUGGUGGCUCAAGGGUCGGGCAUGCAUCGAAGCGUCGAAUCCUCCCAACUCAUCAAGCCCGACAAGAGGCUGUGGAAGCGAAUCUGGUGGACCCUCUUCACGCGCGACCGAUCCGUGGCGGUCGCCUUAGGACGACCGAUCGGCAUCAAUAUGGAUGACUCCGAUGUGGGCAUGUUGACCGAAGACGACUUCAUUGAGGAUGAAAUUGAUAUCGCGGCCGAGUACCCCCCGGAACCCGUCCACGUCCAAUUCUUCCUCCAGUACGUCAAACUUUGCGAGAUCAUGGGCCUGGUUCUCUCGCAGCAAUACUCCGUGGCCUCCAAGUCCCGACGCAUGAAUGCGAUGGACCUGACCCAUUCGGAUAUGGCCUUGGCGGACUGGCUUCAGAACUGCCCCAAGGAGGUGUGUUGGCAACGCCAGCGGCAUCAUUUCUGGGCCGGUCUGCUUCAUGCAAACUACUAUACGACUCUUUGUUUACUACAUCGCGCGCACAUGCCUCCGGCGUCGUCGGUCCCGAGUAGCUACCGCGUCGAGGAGAUGGCAUACCCCUCGCGUACCAUUGCAUUCCAAGCGGCGGGGAUGAUCACAUCGAUUGUUGAGAACCUCCAGACGCACAAAGAAAUCCGAUAUACACCUGCGUUCAUUGUAUAUAGUCUGUUCUCCGCCCUGAUCAUGCAUGUCUACCAAAUGCGAUCCUCCGUUCCCUCCGUCGUCGCCACCUGUCAGGAGCGAAUCAACAUCUGCAUGCAGGCGCUCAAAGAUGUCUCCAAGGUGUGGCUGGUGGCCAAGAUGGUUCACACCCUGUUUGAGUCUAUCUUAGGCAAUAAGGUGCUGGAGGAGCGACUCCAGAAGGCCGCGGGCCGGCGGCAUCAGCGAGUGCGGCCGGACAUGGCCCAUCAGCAGUUGGCGCGGAAGCCGGAGCCGCCGAAGCGAAAGUUCGACGAGAUGGACAUCGGUCUGCCGAACGGAGGGCCCACGCCGCCGGUCUCAUACGAGCGAUCACGACCUCAGACACCCGCCGCUACCCCGUCCCGAGAGAUGGGACAGCCGGGCCUGAGCGUACCGCACGGGUCCCCGCUGGGUCCCCGCGAAGGCAACUCGCGGUCCAACACCCGGCCCACGACGCCGUUCAACAACCAAUUCUCGCUUCCCGCAACACCACCCGACUUGUUCCUCGUGACGCGGACGUCGCCGAAUCUCUCCCCUUCGCUGUGGGAGAACUUCCAGCCCGACCAGCUGUUCCCGGAUGGGACGGCCAUCUUCCCGGAGCUCACCUCCCCCCCGAGCGCCACCGUCGACCCCCAGCUGCACAUGCACCCACACCUCCAGAAUCCUGCGAUGGACCAGCGACCGAUGAUGCCACACCAGUUGCCGACUCGCAGUCUGUCGACCUCGGGGCCGGCAGGGGCCCAGGGCAGCCCCGAACUGCUCUCGAGCAUGCCACCGGGCAUCAGUCUCCAGGGGCAGCAACCCCAGCCGAUGUUCGGGAUGGAGAACCAACAGGCCUGGCCCAUGCACGGGCUGGAUGCGCCCCUGGGCGGGACGGCGACCAUGGACCACACGAGCCCGGAUGAUAACUGGAGCAGCAGCUCGCGCAGCGGGCCCACGGCACCGACGACGUUGAACGUCGAAGAUUGGUUUCAAUUCUUCGGGAUCAACGGUAGCUUUGGUGAAAUGGCCACCUAAGCGUGGACCUGGCGUGGGGCGUGCUCUUUUGUUCUUUAUAGUCGGGAAGGCGAUCGAUUUCCGUUUCAGAUACUCCCAUUCGCCUUGCUUGUGUUAUCCUACCUUAUUUCAGAUUUAUUUUUUACUGUCUCACCUGCCUUUCUAUCUUGACUUCUUUCUUCGCGUUCUGGGUUCAUAGCCAUUCUUUCUGGCAUGUCAUGCGAGGGCUCUACAUGGUUGAUUUAUACGGAAGCACUGCCAGAUGUUGGGGCAGGGCCGUCGUCAGGCGUAUGGGCUAGGGGUGAUGCCAUGGGAUAGCGAGUUGAUUGCACAUGCAUAAUGAUGAAUAGCCGGGCAUACUGCGGUUCUUGUAUAUAGAAAUAUGAAUGCAUUUCGUGCAUUUCUCUA